CUAUCAAGGUGACUCGAGCAAGCUCGACUCGUUUCCAGUCUCAUUCAUUAGAGUGAGCAGCCAGUCAAAAGGGCUCAAAAAAACCCCCCCAUAAACCCUAAACUACCUCUAACAGAACAAUAGAGGGGAAAUCCCCCAAUUUCCAGUCAAGUUGGGGGAAAGAUGGAAGUGGAAACAGUGGCGGGAGUAGUAGCUAUGGAGGAAGAAAGGGAAUUGACCAAUCGCGUAAUAUGUCAAUUGACGGAUUCAGAAGGUACUCCUCUCGGAGCGCCAAUUUUCCUACCUGAAAGCGCCGGCCCGAAGGAGCUCCAGCAGCUGGUCAACAAGCUCCUCAACAACGAGGAAAAAUUACCUUAUGCGUUUUAUGUAUCAGACAAUGAACUUGUAGUGCAGCUAGGAUCAUACCUUCAGAAGAAUAAAGUGUCUGUGGAGAAAGUCAUCACAAUAGUUUACCAGCCCCAAGCAGUAUUUAGGAUACGGCCAGUAACUCGUUGUUCGUCCACUAUUGCUGGUCACACUGAAGCUGUGCUUUCUGUGGCAUUUAGUCCAGAUGGACGCCAGUUGGCUAGUGGAUCGGGUGACACCACUGUACGGUUAUGGGAUUUAAAUACGCAAACUCCGUUAUUCACGUGUAAAGGACACAGAAACUGGGUACUUUGUAUUGCAUGGUCGCCAGAUGGUAAGCAUCUUGUUAGCGGAAGCAAGUCUGGAGAACUGAUAUGCUGGGACCCACAGACUGGCAAACCAUCAGGAAACCCUCUUACUGGUCACAAGAAAUGGUUAACUGGAAUUUCAUGGGAGCCGGUGCAUCUUAGUGCUCCAUGCCGCCGUUUUGUCAGUGCAAGUAAAGAUGGCGAUGCAAGAAUAUGGGAUGUUACACUGAGAAAAUGUGUUAUUGUUCUUACGGGACACACACUUGCCAUAACUUGUGUGAAGUGGGGUGGAGAUGGAGUCAUAUAUACAGGAUCUCAGGACUGUACAAUUAAAAUGUGGGAAACUACACAAGGGAAGCUAAUACGCGAACUAAAGGGCCAUGGGCAUUGGGUAAAUUCUCUGGCAUUGAGUACCGAGUAUGUUCUUCGAACUGGUGCAUAUGAUCACACCAGUAAAACAUAUUCGUCUCCAGAAGAAAUGAAGAAGGUACUCAAAGGCAGUGCCCCAGAAAGGUUAGUUUCAGGUUCGGAUGAUUUUACCAUGUUCCUGUGGGAACCUGCUGUCAGCAAACACCCCAAAACUCGUAUGACUGGACAUCAACAGCUUGUAAAUCAUGUCUACUUCUCUCCGGAUGGGCUGUGGAUCGCGAGUGCCUCCUUUGACAAGUCGGUUAAAUUAUGGAACGGAGUCACUGGAAAAUUCGUGGCUGCAUUCCGUGGUCAUGUGGGCCCCGUCUACCAAAUUAGCUGGUCAGCUGACAGCAGGCUGCUCUUGAGCGGAAGCAAAGACUCGACCUUGAAGGUGUGGGAUAUUCGUACACAAAAGUUGAAGCAAGAUCUUCCAGGGCAUGCAGAUGAGGUAUUUGCAGUUGAUUGGAGUCCAGAUGGUGAGAAAGUAGCAUCUGGAGGCAAAGACAAAGUUUUGAAGCUAUGGAUGGGCUAGGGAUUGAUCGAUCACUGGUUGGAUUUUGGCCACAACUUUAAUGGGUUUGUGCACAGCUUAUAUUAUAUCAAUUAAUUAGUGAGAUAAAAAUAUCCCGUGUUAUAUGAAAUAUUUGUGCAUGGAUUUUUUCUGUUUUUGUUAGAAUUAUAUUCAAGUAAAACUUGGGGCUCUAUAACCUUAGAAAAAUACAAGGAUAUCUAAUCAGAAAGUGUUAAUAAGCAUACAGUGAAGAAUGGUAAAAUUACAAUAGUGGUGCAAACGAGCUUAGCCGAGCUGCCCUCUUGAUACUCGAGCUAAAGCCCAUAGUGAGUUGAUUAUAAAAAGUUAAAUAAUUAUUUUUCCUUUUGAGCAAACAAAGGCAACAUAAUAAUGCUGCAUUUUCCUUCAUGUAUUAGGCACACAACUACUGUUUUUUCAGAAAUGUAGCAGCAGGUGGAUAAAGAUAGAUUCCAUGAACACGGACUACGACUUGAUAGAUGAAACAAGAAUGAACAUAAACGAGACAAUGAACUUAAGAAAUAUAUUUAAGUUUUGUUUUACUGCUAACAUGUGAUAUUUUUCAAAACGUACUCAGUAAGUACUU